AUGCAUAUGCUUCCCAUUUACCUGGUCUUGUGCAGUCUUCUGCUCUGGGUUGCUCAAGGCCUCAUAGAUCAGAACAGCCCUACGUAUGGCAGCCACCAGUUGAUCACCUAUGUUGUUGAUUGGGAUGUGCCAAAGAUCAUUCCCUGGACAAAACUCGAUCACGUUGCUUAUGCUUUUGCAGUGCCUGACAGACAUGGCGAUUUGACCAUGUUUGAUGCAGAACAGCUCCAACAAGUUGUCGAGGAAGCUCAUGACCAUGGAAAGGGUGUCAGUCUUGCUAUUGGAGGCUGGACUGGUUCCAUUCACUUUAGCACAUUGGUAAGAACUUCUGCUGACCGUAGAAAGUUUGCAAAGAAGAUCAUGGCAGCGGUUGAAAAGUACGACCUGAACGGUGUCAAUCUGGAUUGGGAAUAUCCUAAUGAUCCCAACGGCAUCUCCUGUAACAGAAAACAUCCCAAGGACACGGCCAACUUUCUGGCUUUCAUCCAAGUCCUCCGCAGAAUGCUGGAUGAAAAGUAUCCUGACGAGCACAAGCUGAUUACUGCCGCUGUCAGUGCUCACGUAUUCAGAGAUGCUGAUCGUAACGUUAUAGAAAAUCUCGAUGAUGGCUGGGCUGAUUUCAUGGAUGCAUUCUAUAUCAUGGCUUACGAUAUCAAUGGCGUAUGGAGUGACAAGACGUCUGCAAAUGCUCCCCUGCAUUAUGGUGUUGCUGGACAGCAUGUGAGUGUAGAGUCAUCGAUCCAAGAAUGGCUUGAUGCUGGUAUUCCUUCUGACCGCCUCUAUCUCGGUGUCCCAUUCUACGGAUACACCCACAAGACACUGAAGCCUAUGGAUCAACAGACUGGCUUGAACGUGCCUCUGGAUAGAUCCAUUGAGCAGAUCAAAGGUGACCAGUAUGAUGACUAUGCUAUGGAUCCUUGUCCUGGAGCACAGCCUGCUUACUCUGGAGAAUUCCAAUGGAGAGCAAUUGAGGCGUCGGGUGCAGCUUACAAUGCUUCUGGAUGGGCCACUUACUGGGACCAGAAAACUGAAACUCCCUUUUCGUACAAUAAUCUUUCUCGCCAGUUUGUCACAUAUGAUAACCCUAUUUCCCUUCGUCUCAAAGCACAAUUUGCACAAGAAAAGAAGCUCGGUGGCAUCAUGCUCUGGUCUCUCGAGAUGGACGAUGCUAGUAACUCCCUCUUGGAUGCUAUUCAAGACGUUCGUACCUGA